AUGUCCGGCGACGCGCACGCGCACGCGCACGCGCACGCGGACGGGAACGAUGACGUGGAAUUCGGUGCGUCGCACGCGCACGACGGGUUGAAACCGCAUCGACACGAGCGAUUGUACGGACCCGGAUCGUUCGCGAAGCGCCGGAAGGGGUCGACCGUGCGCGGGCAAACGUUCGCCGAUCGCGCGUACACGGUCGGGAUCGGUGGACCGGUGGGGACGGGGAAGACGGCGCUCGCGCUGGCGCUGUGUCGCGCGCUCCGGGACGCGUACGACGUCACGUGCGUGACGAAUGACAUCUUCACCAAGGAGGACGGAGAGUUCUUGAUCGCGAACGACGCGUUGGGCGACGCGAAUCGUAUACGAGCGGUGGAGACGGGAGGGUGCCCGCACGCGGCGAUCCGGGAAGAUAUAUCGAGUAAUCUGAACGCCGUCGAAGAGCUCACGGCGGCGUAUCCGAAUUGCGAUUUGUGUUUGAUGGAGAGCGGCGGCGAUAAUCUCGCGGCAAAUUACUCGCGAGAGCUCGCGGAUUACAUCGUCUACGUCAUUGAUGUGUGCGGCGGUGAUAAAAUUCCGCGAAAAGGUGGACCUGGGGUGACGCAGGCGGAUUUAUUAGUCGUCAACAAGUGCGAGCUCGCCGACGCCGUCGGCGCGUCCCUCGACGUCAUGGAGCGCGACGCCAAGAUCCAGCGCGAGGACGGUCCGGUGGUCAUGGCGCAGGUCAAGAAAGGCGUGGGCGUGCGAGAGAUCGCUCGGCACAUCCUCGCCGAUUGGUCCGAGCGCACCGGUCGCGCGGAGAAACCCUUUUAA